AUGUUGGAUGUCGUCGUUAUUGGUGGAGGCAUAGCGGGCUUCAGUGCCGCUAUUGGGCUAAGAUUGUCAGGUCAUGCCGUCACAUUGCUUGAGAAGGAGGACGAGUUCAAAGAGCUAGGAGCAGGUGUCCAGUUGCUGCCCAAUUUCACGCGCAUAAUGCAGAGUUGGGCCAUUUUGGACCAAAUACGUGAGAGGUCCGACCAGCCUGAGUAUCUGGCUUUCCGCUCCUAUCGAAAUGGCGAUCUUUUGCAAAAUUAUCGCGUCAAUCCAGAUUUUGAACGAACCUACGGUUUCCCAUAUCUCAAUAUACAUCGGUAUGAUCUCUUACUGGUCCUCGUUGCCAAAGCGCAGGACUUGGGUGUUCGAUUGGAAACAGGGAGCGCUGUUUCUCAUCUUGACUUGGCCCAAAGCGCGGUAGUAACCACAAGGGGCCAGUCCUUCCGGGCAGAUCUUCUUGUUGGCGCAGACGGAGAGAGAAGCUUUACUCGCAGCGUCCUUCUCGGUCACCCAUACAAGCCUCAGGCUACCGGAAAACUAGUUUAUCGAUUUACUAUCGACAUUGAAAAAGUACGCGCCGAUCCCAGCCUUCGUGAUUUGGUGGAACCUUCCGCCAUUACAGUCUGGCUUGGCCCGCACAGACACGUGGUCGCUUAUGAAAUAAAGCGUGGUGGUUUGAUGAACAUUGCGCUCACUUGUCCUGACCCUAUUGAAGGAAGAAUGAUACCUGGUCCCCGAAAGGCAGAUAUGAAUGAGUUCAGGGAAAUCUUUGAGGGCUGGGAUCCGCGGUUCAUCAGGCUGCUUAGUAUGGCGACGGAAGCGAGGUUCUGGACGCUGCUGCAGCUUCCACAGGAAAAUCGCAUAUGGAUCGAUGAAGACGCUCACAAUGUCAUCCUGAUUGGAGACGCUGCGCAUGCUAUGACGCCUUACCUGGCCCAAGGUGCUGCACAAGCUGUUGAAGAUGGUGCAUUUCUAGGGCAUCUGUUUGAUGAACAUGCCAUCUUGGGUGACAUCCCAGCUAGGCUAAAGGAGUUUUGCGAGCGCCGGCAAUCCAGGGCUUUCACGGUGCGAAGCAGGGCUCAAAAGGCCGGUGAAAUUUACCAGUUACCGGACGGACCGAAUCAGGAGCUGAGAGAUCGGCAACUACGUGAGGGCCAGCUUGUUGAAGGCUUUCCAAAUCCCUUUGCAGACCCAAUUUUGACGCAUUGGUUAUAUGACUAUGAUGUGGAGGCGGAUGCACAUUCUUGCAAAAUGGUAGAAUAG